AUGCGUGAGUUUUUCGAGACAAUCAAAAGUCUCGAGCUCAUCGACUUUCCUUUGGAAGGAGGGCAAUUCACAUUUAGAAGAGAUAACGGAAACGGUGGGAGUGUGCAAUCCCGCAUUGAUAGAUUUCUUGUGAGUAACUCAAUUUUUCGUGGUGUAUCUAAUAUAUUUCAGAAGGUCUUACCAUGGAAUUGUUUUAAUCAUCGUCCUAUCCUUAUUGAGCGAAGGGAGGUGGUUCCAACUAGUCGGCCUUUCAAAUUCGAGAACAAGUUAUUAACUAGAGAUUGUUUUAACUCGAAGGUGGAAGGGUGGUGGACGAGUGAGAUUAUGUUUGGCUCUCUAUCCUCUAAGCUAUUUAUUAAGCUUAAAAAUCUACAGAAGUUGCUGAAAAGUUGGUUUGUGGGUGCAUUAUUUUGCUUCAAAGUUGAGAUUUUAAGUCGUGAAAUUUUAACAAUUGAUGAUGCGAAGGAAGUUCGUGAUCUCUCUAUUACGAAAAUUUCUACACGAAUUCAUCUAGUGAGCGAGUUGCUUGAAUUAUGUAAAGAGGAGGAAAUUGGGGAGGGACAACAUAAUAGAGCAAUUUGGUUACGGGAAGGUGAUAAAAACACUAAGUAUUUACAUGGCAUCUCUAAGGCACAAUCGAGAAAUAACGUUAUUAACUCGAUAUUCAUUGUUAGUGUCAUGCAUUAG